UGGAUCCGCUGGUUCCGUAACAACAUCCCGUCGGCUUCCCUCAGGCGGCGGGACUAGUGCGGCCGCCGCCUCCCGGGAGCGCCCGCCCGCGUGGGCCCGCGCCCUCCACGGCCCAGGCCCCCAUGGCCACCAACCCGCAGCCGCAGCCGCCUCCUCCGGCGCCGCCGCCUCCCCCGCCUCAGCCGCAGCCGCCGCCGCCGCCGCCGGGCCCCGGGGCUGGCCCUGGCGCGGGCGGGGCGGGCGGCGCGGGGGCGGGCGCCGGGGACCCGCAGCUCGUGGCCAUGAUCGUGAACCACCUCAAGAGCCAGGGGCUCUUCGACCAGUUCCGCAGGGACUGCCUGGCAGACGUGGACACCAAGCCUGCCUAUCAGAACCUGAGGCAGCGUGUUGACAACUUUGUUGCAAACCACUUGGCAACUCACACUUGGAGUCCACAUCUCAAUAAAAACCAGCUAAGAAAUAAUAUUAGACAACAAGUUCUCAAAUCAGGAAUGUUGGAGUCUGGUAUUGACCGAAUUAUUUCUCAGGUUGUGGAUCCAAAGAUCAACCACACAUUUAGACCUCAGGUGGAAAAGGCUGUGCAUGAGUUUUUGGCCACACUGAAUCACAAAGAGGAAGCAAGUGGCAGCACAGCUCCUGAUGAUGAGAAACCAGACUCUUCCAUCGUUAUACAAGGUGUUCCUGCCCCUGGGCCCAGUGCUAAUGUAGCCAAUGAUGCCAUGUCAAUCUUGGAAACCAUCACUUCUCUUAACCAAGAAGCUAGUGCUGCUAGGGCUUCAACAGAAACAUCAAAUGCCAAGACCAGUGAAAGAGUAUCAAAAAAACUCCCAUCUCAGCCAAGUACUGACACUAGUACUGACAAAGAAAGAACUUCAGAGGAUGUGGGUGAUAAAGAAAAAUCUACAGCUGACUCUGGAGGGGAAGGACUGGAAAUAGCCCCAAAGUCUGAAGAAUUUAGUGAUCUCCCUUGUCCAGUUGAAGAAAUUAAAAAUCACACAAAAGAGACUAAUAAUUUAAUUCUGCUAAAUAAGGAUGUUCAACAGGAAAGCAGUGACCAAAAAAUUAAAUCAACAGACAAAGGUGAAAAGAAGCCAGACGGCAAUGAAAAAGGAGAAAGAAAGAAGGAGAAGAAGGAAAAGACUGAAAAGAAGUUUGAUCACUCAAAACGGAGUGAAGAUAUACAAAAAGUUUUUGAAAAACAAGCAAAGGAAAAAGAAGUUGAGAGUUCAAAACUUCCUUCAGAAAAGAAUAGUAACAAAGCUAAAACUGUUGAAGGUACAAAAGAAGAUUUCUCUUUGAUAGAUUCUGAUGUGGAUGGACUUACAGACAUCACAGUUAGUUCUGUCCAUACUAGUGACCUUUCAUCUUUUGAAGAAGAUACCGAGGAGGAAGUUAUAAUGUCUGAUAGCAUGGAAGAAGGAGAGAUUACAUCAGAUGAUGAAGAUAAAAACAAACAGAAUAAAACAAAAACUCAAACUAGUGAUUCUAGUGAAGGAAAAGCAAAAAGUGUACGACAUGCUUAUGUUCACAAACCAUAUCUUUACUCAAAGUACUACAGUGAUUCUGAUGAUGAACUUACUGUAGAACAACGGCGACAGUCUAUUGCUAAAGAAAAAGAAGAGAGGCUUUUAAGAAGGCAAAUUAAUAGAGAGAAACUUGAAGAAAAACGAAAACAGAAAGCGGAAAAGACAAAGUCUUCAAAAGCCAAGAGUCAGGGCAAAAGUAGUGUGGACUUAGAAGAGUCAUCAGCAAAGAGUUUGGAACCUAAAACCCCGAGAAUUAAAGAAGUCCUUAAAGAACGGAAAGUUUUAGAGAAAAAAGUAGCCUUGAGCAAAAAAAGAAAAAAAGAUUCAAGGAAUGUUGAAGAGAAUUCCAAAAAGAGACAGCAAUCUGAAGAAGAUUCCAAAGAAACCCUCAAAACAAGUGAGCAUUGUGAAAAGGAAAAGGUGUCUUCUUCAAAGGAACUGAAGCAUAUUCAUGCAAAAAGUGAACCAAGUAAACCUGCCCGGAGACUUUCAGAGUCCUUACAUUCAGUUGAUGAAAACAAAAAUGAAUCCAAAAUAGAAAGAGAACACAAAAGACGGACAUCCACCCCGGUUGUGGUAGAAGGGGCACAGGAAGAGACUGACACAAGAGAUGGAAAAAGGCAAGUAGAACGCUCAGAAAUUGGCACUGACGAACCCCAGAAACAGAAAGGCACACUUAAAAAUGAAAAGCAUCUAAAGAAAGAUGAUUCUGAAGCAUCACAUUUGAAAAGCCUACCUAAGAAAGAGGUGAAAUCCUCCAAGGAGAAGUCUGAAAAAGAGAAAACUCUGUCAGAAGAAAAAUUGUCUGUGAAACAUAAAUAUAAAGGUGACAGUAUACAUAAAGUGGGUGACGAUACUGAACUUCACUCUUCUGAGAAAGGUGUAAAAGUAGAGGAAAAUAUUCAAAAGCAAAGUCAGCAAACAAAGCUUUCUUCAGAUGAUAAAGCUGAACGAAAAAGUAAACAUAGGAAUGAAAGGAAAUUAUCAGUUUUAGGCAAAGAUGGAAAGCCAGUUUCUGAAUAUAUUAUAAAAACAGAUGAGAAUGUUCGUAAAGAAAACAACAAAAAAGAGAGACAUUUAUCAACCGAAAAACCCAAAGCAGAGCACAAAUCAAGAAGAUCAAGUGAUUCUAAAAUUCAGAAAGAUUCUCUAAGUUCUAAGCAACAUGGUAUCACACCACAGAGAAGAAGUGAAAGUUAUUCAGAAGAUAAAUGUGAUAUGGACUCGACUAAUUUAGAUAGUAAUUUAAAACCAGAAGAGGUUGUUCACAAAGAGAAACGAAGAACAAAGAGCUUGUUAGAAGAAAGACUUGUGUUGAAGUCUAAAUCAAAAAGUCAAGGCAAACAAUUAAAAAGUGUAGAAACGGAAUUACAAGAAAGUAUCACAAAACAAGCAACCACUCCAAAACAAGAUAAGGAGAAGAACACAGAAGAAAAUGACUCAGAAAAACAGCGAAAGUCUAAAAUUGAAGACAAACCUUUUGAAGAAACUGGUGUUGAAACUGUAUUAGAGACUUCUGCUUCUUCAGCACAUAGUACACAGAAAGAUUCUAGUCAUAGAACUAAGUUACCAUUAGCAAAGGAAAAAUCUAAGGGUGAUAAAGAUUCAAGCUCCAGGCUUGAGAGAAAGUUAUCAGAUGGACAUAAAAGCAGAAGCUUGAAGCACAGUAGUAAAGAUGUAAAAAGGAAGGAGGAAAACAAGUCAGAUGACAAGGAUGGUAAAGAAAUUGAUAGUAAUCAUGAAAAGGCCAGAGGAAAUAGUUCAGUCAUGGAAAAAAAAUUAAAUAGAAGAGUGUGUGAAAAUCGAAGAGGAACCUUAUCACAAGAGAUGACUAAAGGAGAAGAAAAAUUAGCAACAAAUACUUUGGGCACUCCCAGUAGCUCCUCCCUUCAAAGACCAAAAAAAAGUGGUGAUACCACAUUGAUCCCUGAACAAGAGCCAAUGGAAAUUGAUUCUGAGCCAGGUGUUGAUAAUGUAUUUGAAAUUUCUAAAAUUCAAGACAGCAACAAUAGUAGUUCUCAGCAAGAUAUUGACUCUGAAAAUGUUAUGAAACAGAAAACUACUGCCACAGUUCUAAAGGAUGAAUUACGAACUUAUGCAGAUUUAAAAACAAUAGCUCCAGCCUGUAAAUCAGGGCGUGGAACAGGAGUUAUUAGUAAUUCUGAAAAGCACGCUGACCAUAGAAGCACGCUGACCAAGAAAAUGCACAUCCAAAGUGUUGUGUCCAAACUGAAUCCUGGGGAAAAAGAACCUAUUCAACAAGGAACUCAUGAAGUAAAUGUAGACUCUGAGUCUGUUCAUAGAAUGUUACCUAAUGCCCUGUCAGAAAAUGAUAGGGUACAAAAGAUUCUGAAAAGCACAACCAAACCCACUGAAGAACGUGUUGCUCAAGGAGAUACUGCUCUUGAACAUUCCACAAAUAUAGACCCCUCUCCGUCCUUAAGUUCAGUGACUGUUGUGGCUCAGAAAGAAUCUCAUGAUUCAGAUGUAACUCCUCUAGCUGACAAAAGAACUGUUUUAGAAGGUGGCACAGCCAGCACCUCCCCUGUGGAUCACUGUGCUAUCCCUAACCAAAGUUUGACUGUUAGGGAAUCAGAAUUCCCUAGGACAAGUGACAACAAAGAAGGUGGUGAAGGUUCCACAGUAGAUACACCAGCAAAAGCCAGCAUCACUACCAAAAGACACAUUCCAGAAGGUUACCAGCCCACUUCAUUGGACGGUAAGCAAGGAAAAGUAAUCAUGCCUCUCGGGAGCAAGGUCACGGGCAUGACUGUGGAAAAUGAGAAUGUUAACAAACAAGGUGGCUUGGUGGACAUGGCCCAGAAAGAAAGUGACCUAAGUGCAGAGCCCAGUUUAAAGCAGACAACUAGAGCAAUGGUAGAAAACGGCAAGAAGGAUGGCAUUGCUGUUGAUCAUAUGGUAGGCAUGAGUACAGGGAAAGAUGCUGAAACUGUCGAACUUAAGCAUGAUCAAGGCCCAGGUGAAAUAAAAGACCCAUCGAUUGAUGCUGAAGGAAAGAAUGAAAACAAUGAAGUAGACACCAGUGCCGGAGGUGGCUCUGCAUCCUCCAUUUUGCACCAAAAGAAUAGAAAAACUGAGGAUGUGGCAGCUGGACCUGGUAGAACAGAAAAGACUCCUGUUGCCACUAGUACUGAAGGGAACAACAAAAGUGUUAUGGUAAGCCCAGUGAAGGCUGGGGCUGCCACAACCACUUCUUCAGAAACAAGAGAGAGUGAGCUGGCUUUGCCUUGCACCAGCAUUGAGGCAGAUGAAGGCUUCAUAAUAGGUACAAACUCCAGAAACGAUCCUCGGCAUGCUGGCGCAGAAGCCAGUGAGUGCACUGUUUUUGCUGCAGCUGAGGAAGGUGGAGCUGUUGUCACAGAAGGAUUUGCUGAAAGUGAAACUUUCCUCACAAGCACCAAGGAAGGAGAAAGUGGGGAGUGUGCCGUGGCUGAAUCAGAGGACAGAGCAGCAGACCUAGUGGCUUCUCGUGCAGUUAAAAUCGAAGCCAACGUCAAUAGUGUUGUGACUGAGGAAAAGGAUGAUGCCGUGACCAGUGCAGGCUCUGAAGAAAAGUGUGACGGUUUUUCCUGUAGAGACUCAGAAAUAGUCGAAGGAACUGUUACUUUUAUUAGUGAAGUUGAAAGUGAUGGAGCAGUUACAAGUGCUGGGACAGAAAUAAGAGCGGGAUCCCUAAGCAGCGAAGAGGUCGAUGGGUUCCAGGGAAAUAUGACAAGAUUGGGCCCCAAAAAAGAAACAGAGGGCACUGUGACGUGUACAGGAGCAGAAGGCAGGAGUGAUAACUUUGUGAUCUGCUCAGUAACCAGGGCAGGGCCCCGAGAGGAGCGCAUGGUUACAGGUGCAGAGGUGGCCCUGGUAGAUAAUGACACACCACCAGGAACAAGUGCCAGCCAGGAAGGAGACGGUUCUGUGAUUGAUGGUAUAGAAGGUGAGAGUGCAGUCACCAGCACAGGGAUAACAGAAGAAGAUGGGGAGGGGCCAGCAAGUUGUACAGGUUCGGAAGAUAGCAGUGAAGGCUUUGCUAUAAGUUCUGAAUCAGAGGAAAAUGGAGAGAAUGCCAUGGACAGCACAGUAGCCAAAGAAGUCAGUAAUAUACCAUUAGUUGCUGCUGGUCCAUGUGAUGACGAAGGCAUCGUGACCAGCACAGGUGCCAAAGAGGAGGAUGAGGAAGGGGAAGGCAUUGUGACUAGUACUGGAAGAGGAAAUGAAAUUGGGCAUGCUUCCACUUGCACAGGGAUGGGAGAAGAAGGUGAAGGGGUAUUGAUUUGUGAAAGUGCAGAAGGGGACAGUCAGAUUGGUACUGUGGUGGAGCACGUGGAGGCUGAGGCUGGAGCGGCCAUGAUGAAUGCAAACGAGAGUAAUGUUGAUAGCAUGAGUGGUGCAGAGAAGGAAAUCAAAGACACAGAGAUCUGCUCUAGUCCAAAAGGGAUAGUAGAAAGCAGCGUGACCAGUGCAGCUUCAGGAAAGGAAGAAGUGGCACCAGUUCCAGAAGGUUGCGAGGGUCCCAUGACUAGUGCUGCUUCUGAUCAAAGCGACAGUCAGCUCACCAGGAAAGAAAAAGUUGAAGAUACCACUAUUUCCACUGGCCUGGUUGGGGGCAGUUAUGACGUUCUUGUAUCCGGUGCAGUCCCACAAUGUGAAGUUGCCCACACGUCACCAAGUGAAAAAGAAGAUGAGGGCAUCAUUACCUCUGUGGAAAAUGAAGACUGUGAUGGCAUUAUGGCCACUACAGCUGAUGGUGAGAUCACCAAUCAAAAUAGCCUAGCUGGGGGCACAAGUCAAGGCAAAGGCUUGAUGAUUUCCACCAGCACAACAAAUGAUGAUGCGCCUCAGGUAAGCACGAUGAUCACCACAGGAGAAGGUCAUUCAAGUGCUCUGAGAACCGAAGAAAGUGUAGAAGGCACCAGAGUAAACAUGGAAGAAUUUGAGGCCCCCAUGCCCAGUGCAGUCUCAGAUGAUAGCCAACUCACUCCUGGCAGAAAUGAGGAGAAAGAUGAAUGUGCCAUGAUUUCCACAAGCAUAGGGGAAGAGUUUGAAGUGCCCAUUUCCAGUGCAACAACCACGAAGUGUGCUGAAAGUCAGCAGCCAGUUGCAACCGUGGAAGAAAGAGCUAAAGGUCCGAUCUCAGUAAGCACUGCCGACUUUGAGGUGCCUAUGCCCAGUGCACCCCCAGGAGCCGAGAGCCCUCUUGCCUCAACCAGCAAGGAGGAAAAGGAUGAAUGUGCUCUCAUUUCUACCAGCAUAGCAGAGGAGUGUGAGGCCUCUGUUUCUGGAGCAGUUGUUGAAAGUGGAAAUGAGCAAGCAGGGACAGUCAUGGAAGAAAAAGAUGGGAGUGCUGUCAUCUCCACAAGCUCAGUGGAAGACUGUGAGGGCCCAGUGUCUAGUGCUGCCCCUCAGGAGGGAGUCCAUCCCUCAGUCACACCAGUGGAAGAGAUGAAUGACACUGCCAUGAUUUCCACAAGCACCUCUGAAGAGUGGGAAGCAGUCAUGAUUGAUGCUGUCACCCAAGAUGAAGAUCAGCCCACCAUUGCGAGAGUGGAAGACUUGAGUGAUGCCGCCAUCAUCUCCACCAGCACGGCAGAAUGUGUGCCAGUUGUUGCCAGCAUCGACAGACAGGAAGAGGAUCAGCCGACUGCAAAUAACCCAGAAGGAAAUGGUGCCCUGUCAGCCGCAAAGGUGAACAAGUGUGAGGUGCCCAUGCCCAGCCUAAUUGCUGAGAAUAACUGCCAGUGUCCUAGGCCAUUCACAGGAGGCACAGAAGUGAUGGCAGUGAGCACUGAGGAAGGGCAUGACAGGCUGUCAGUCCAAGAGCCCUCUGCAGGGCAAGGCCAUGCAAGUGCUGUGCGCGCACAAGAGGAAGAGGGACAUGGCAAGGAGUGCCCUGGCAAAGGGCCAUUUGCAGGAAGAGGACAGAAAGAGAGUACUUUGCACCUCAUAAAUGCAGGAGAGGAAGAUAUGUUGUUGAGCUCUGUACAAAGAGAAGAGAAAAGCCCAGAGGCAGGGUUGACAGGGGCCAGUAGCGCAGCAAGUUGUUCAGCAGGAAGGGGCUUGGAGAGUAGUGCUAGCUCACCUGUCCUUCUGAGAGGACCAGGACAGAUGACAGAGGAUCCCUCUGUCAGUAUUUGCUAUUUGGCAGCAGUAAAUACCGGUGCUAAUAAAGCUGGCGACACGCCACCUGUCAAAGACACUGCAGAGGAGCAUUUCUCUGUUCCUCCUGACCAGCAGGGGUCUGAAGACAACCUGAAAACCACUACCACCCAAUGUAUUACUGGCCAAGAAUCAAAAAUUGUUCCUUCCCGCACAACGAUCCUUCCAGCUGCCCACCACGUAGCUCUGUCGGCUCCUAAACGUGAGCAGGACUUGACUACAAAGAGUGAUCAUAGUGGCAAACGUACGGAUCAAGCAUCCACUGAGGAAACAGGAGACGGUAACGGCAUGAGGAAAUCAUUCCACGAGGAAGGAGACUUCUCAGUCACUGUUUCUUCUGAAGUAAAUUUGUGUGACAUAGGCAAUGAAGAGUCUCCAUCGAAUGCUUUGGGAGGACUAGAACAGAAAACCAACUUGAAAACUGAGACAAAUGUGCCUUCAGAAAAGGAGAAAAAUCGUGAAAUUCUAGCACCACCAGAAAGCCUGAGUGAGGAAAAGCCAAGUGGAAUAGCUGAACUACAGAGGCAGCCUUUGCUGGUGAAUGAGUCACUAAAUGUCGAAAAUUCAGGCUCCGACACAAAUGAAGAAAUUCAUAGCAAAUCUUAUAACAAAGGAGAGAUAUCCAGUGGUCAAAAAGACGAUGCAGAAGCUGUAAGAGGUCACCAUAUUGAAGCAAAUCCUAAAGAGGUUGAAGAGGAAGAAAGGCAUGUGCCUAAACGAAAAAGAAAGAAGCAUUAUCCCUCUUCAGAAGAUGAACUGGAUGAUAAUCCAGAUGUCCUGGAUUCCAGAAUAGAAACAGCACAGAGGCAGUGUUCUGAAACUGAGCCACAUGACACAAAGGAAAAGAACUCUGGAGAUUUAGAAGAAUUAUCUAAAACAAGUUCAGAGACAAACAGCACUGUUUCAAGGGCCAUGGAAGAAAAAGAUGAAUACAGCAGCAGCGAAGCUACUGGAGAAAAGGCAGAGCAGAAUGACGAUGACAACAUAAAAUGUCAGGAGGAAGAUCAGCCGAUAAUUAUUAAAAGGAAAAGAGGAAGACCUCGUAAAUACCCUGCAGAAACAGCAUUAAAAAUAAAAGAAGACGACUCCAAAACAGAUACUGGCAUUGUCACUGUAGAACAAUCUCCACCAAGUAGCAAACUGAAAGUAAUGCAAACAGAUGAGUCCAAUAAAGAGACAGCUAACCUGCAAGAAAGAAGUAUAAGCAAUGAUGAUGGUGAAGAAAAAAUGGUAGCAAGUGUACGUCGGAGAGGGAGAAAGCCCAAACGUUCACUCACUCUAUCAGAUGAUGCUGAAUCCUCAGAACCAGAAAGAAAACGCCACAAAUCAGUAUCUGAAGCAACUGAGGACAAGAAAGACCAGGAGUCUGAUGAGGAAGAGGAAGAAGAGGAAGAGGAUGAGCCCUCAGGAGCCACCACAAGAUCCACCACCAGAUCAGAGGCUCAGAGAAAGCAUCAUAGCAAGCCACCUGCACGUGCAACUUCCAAACUUGGCAGCCCAGAAACAGUUUCUCCUAGAAAUCGCCAAAAAUUAGCAAAAGAGAAGUUACCUACCAGCGAAAAAGUUAGUAAACCUCCCCCAUUAGGAAGAUCAAAGACACAGCUCUCCCCUUCUACCAAGCGCAAGAGAGAAGUCAGCCCACCUGGGGCCCGGACAAGAGGCCAGCAGAGGGUGGAGGAAGCCCCUGUGAAAAAGGCGAAGCGAUAAUCCUUACCCCGGUGCCCCUGGCUUGUCGAGGAACACAGUGAAGAGAAAAGGGACGAGCCUCUGUGGCCAUAGGCCUCUUUUUUUUAUAAACCAGAAAAAGGAUAUGCAUGUGCUGUAAGUUCCUAGGUGCAAGCUUUUUCUUGUUAUGUUUUAAACAGCUUUAUAAACUAUUGUUCAUAGAAGAUAUUAUGUACAUUUAUUUCAGAUAAAGGAAAAUAAGUUUACUUUGUAUCUGAACUCAAAACAAAGUAGCUGUAUAUUUUAACAUUUGAAAUUGGGAUUUCCCAAUGUGACACAUCAUUAAUGCAAAUCCUUCCAACCCAUCAGACACCAGGCUGCCUACUGGUAAUCUGUGUAUAGUAUAUAAACAUGUAAAAAUAGGUUGUAUUUUACUCUAUGUAUGAUGCUAAUCAAUGAACACUUUAUUUAUUUUACAGAGAAAACUUAUCUGUGAACUUUACUAUAUAUCUGUUUAUUUUAUUUUAUUAUUUUUUUUUAAUAAAAAAAGGGUUUUAAAUGCUAUGCAGUCAUUAGUAGAAAGUUUUUUAGGACUCUGCCUGCCCUGUAACUAUCUGAAUAUGAUCUGGCAGAAACUCUCGCAUGUAUUCAAGUAAAGUAGUUUAGCUGAAGAAAGGUUCUCCAUUGCUUUUCUGUUCACAGUUGUGACUGUUUUUAAGAAUGUAACCUGUUUUUAGAUUAUACUUGCAUAUGUAACUUUACUACCAGCCCCACCGACGUGAGAGGUUCUGGUUCAGGUAAAGAUACAUCCGGUCACCUGCAGCAGAAACCCCUCUGUGGAUGUUCAUUCCUCUCCUCUGUGCUAUUCUGAAGCUUCUACCAAUAUUCUUUCCAUAUUGUCUUUUUCAGUGAAGAGAAAUACAUUGAAGAUUAGGUCACUCCCGUCUAUCCAGUUUCAGGAUUUUAUGUUGUUUUUAUACACGGUUAUUUCAGGAUAGAAACUGGCUUUAUUGCCAGGUGUUUUUUUAAACAUGUUUUAACUCCCAUAUGAGCAAACUGUCCAACUUAAGUUUUUCAUAGGAUUAAACUUUUCUUAAGAUCAAAUUUGUCUCUUGCAAUGAUGUGAUAAGUUGCCAAAUAAUUGAGAUUAUUUUAAAACAUUUUGUUCAUAUUCUUGUUUUAUAAUUAAAAUUUACAUUCAAUGUGUGUGGGAUUUUUUUUUGACUCUUAAUGUAAGGUGGAUAUUUCUGUCAUUUUACAUGGUUUCUUACUGAGAUUUUAUAUAUAAAUUAUAAAAUGUUUCCCAAAA